UUGAGAUGGCGCCACAGGGAUAUACAUACGAAUUGUUAGGAAUAUAAAUGAUACGACGUAACGUGUUACCGGCAAGAUAUUCGCUUCAAGUGAACCAAAGACUGAGAAAGAACAGUGGGACUGCUCUUCGAGCUAGGCCGUUUUCUUGGAAUCCUUUACAUCUACGUCGUAACUACUGUUGUUCAAUUAUUCGACGCUAUGUCGUUGGAAGGGACAUAACCUGCAAUCCCAGUGCGCGAAGUCUAACCUAACCUAACUUAACCUAACCUAAUCAUCCCAAGGCUCCAGUUUGCAACUGUGACCUUGAGAUAAAACAUGGCGACAGCCUGCGCGCGAUUAUCGAUGAUCGCCAGGCGCGUAUGCACGAGCGGAGUAACCCGGCGUGAAAUGCCGAAUAAUUUGAAGGGUCGUAAAACGAGUUCGCAGUUAUGGCUACGCAGACAAUUGGCCGAUCCUUACGUCGAGAAAGCAAAAAUUGAGAAGUACAGAUGUAGAAGCGCGUUCAAGCUUCUCGAGAUGAACGAAAGAUGCGGUAUACUUUCGCCGGGAAUGACGGUUGUCGAUUGUGGUGCUGCGCCCGGAAGUUGGACUCAAGUGGCGGUCUAUUUGACUAACGCCGAGGGCAAACAAGACGACAAACCGGUUGGUAAGGUAGUCGCUAUAGACAAAUUGCAAAUAUACCCUAUCGACGGAGCCUUCGUUAUCGGGAACAUGGACUUCACGACGCUUCAGGCGCAGGAAAAGAUAAGGAAACAUCUCGCCGGCAGUUCCGUCGACGUUGUAAUGUCGGACAUGGCGCCAAACGCGACCGGCGUCAAGGAAAUGGACCACCAGAAUAUCGUCGCCCUCGCCUACGUCGCGCUCAGAUUUGCCCUCGUCGUAUCGAAGCCCGAGGCCUCGUUUAUAGUCAAACUUUGGGACGGCGGUGCGGCCAAGAACGUCGAGGACGAUAUCAGAAAAUUUUACAAAACCGUCAAGGUUCUCAGGCCGGGUGCUACAAGGACGGAAUCUUCCGAGAAGUUUCUUCUUGCCAGGGGAUUCAAGGGUCUCAAAGUCGGUUGAUAACGGUCCAAAUGCAAAAAUUUUUUGUCAUUAGGAUUUGACGAGGAGAUGACAGGUCGAUUAGCGAACACUUUAGUCCUCGGAAUAUCUGAAUUCUGUUUUUAUCAUAGUACAGUCUUCUCUCAUUCGUUGAUUAGGAUCAAAUUUAUCGAAGGGCACCAAUCAUUAAAGAGCUUAUAGACGAUGUCAAUUUAUCGCGGAAAAAUCAAAGCCUACGAAGCUUCCACAGAGUCGUCAACGUUUUCCUGUUUUGAUAAACCAAUUCGGGACUGCCCAAUCAUUUAAACAUAACGUCGACUUACUUUUCGAUAAAUACAAUGUUCUAUUUGUUGGGUUUUUUUUUUUCUCUGGG